AUGGCUACAAGGUCUUCAAAGGGUAAAGGUGUGGCAAUGGCAAGUGCAACAGAUAGGGAAGAUAGUGAUGCAUCCUUAUCAAAUGCAUCUAGUUUUGUUGACAACCAUGCCCCAGUUGAAGAUACUUUUCAGCCUCUUGAAGAUGAAGAGAUAAAUGAGGGUGAAGGUGGUGCUGUUAAUGAAGGUAGUGUUGUUAAUGAGGGUGAAGGUCCAAGUGGGGACCAACCUUUACAUGCUGGUCCAAGUGAGGACCACCCAUCACAUGGGGAUCAAGCAGUGGAGGUUGAGUUAAGAAGUGUUCAUUCAGAUGAACAUGAGGAAGCAGUUGCAACGGGGAAAAAAUUCAAACACUAUAACCAUGAAACAGACAAACAAAACCCUGUAUUUGAUACUGGAAUGAUAUUCAGUGACUGCAAGGUCACUUUCACCAGUAAUGAAAAGUAUAAGCUGAAGGCAGUUUGUAAAGCAGUGAGUUGUCCAUGGCAGAUUUAUGUGGCUUGGAAAAACCCUACAAGUCGAAGCUUGGUGGUGAAAUACUAUAAUCUCAAUCAUAAUUGUGUCAGAGUAUUUGAAAACACACAAGCCUCAAGUAAAUGGUUGAGAGAUAAGUUCCUGCCUAGGAUUCAGUCAAAUCCCAAGAUGCCUCCAAAGUCUAUAGUGAAUGCAGCCUCUUCUGAGUUUAAAGUAGGUAUAUCUAGGAUGAAAGCUUACAGGGCAAAGGUAGAGGUGCUUCGAAUCAUUGAAGGAUCAGUUGCUGAGCAAUAUGCCAUGCUCUAG